CAUGAAUUUGUAUAUAAAUAGGGUGUUGACCUCCCAAGCCACAAGUACAAAAGCUGCAAGUAGUAGCUCAUCAUAUAUCCAGAGAAAUAAUGGUCGACAAUAAUAAUAAUAAUAUUGGGGCAAGUGGUGCUGCAAAUCAUGAUGAGGACGGCGCUAUGAUGAAAGAGCAAGAGCAGUUGCUGCCAAUAGCCAACGUUGGGCGGAUCAUGAGGCAAAUACUGCCACCCAACGCCAAGAUCUCCAAGGAGGCCAAGGAAACCAUGCAAGAGUGUGUCUCGGAGUUCAUCAGCUUCGUCACCAGCGAGGCGUCGGAGAAGUGCCGCAAGGAGAGGCGAAAGACCGUGAACGGCGACGAUGUCUCCUGGGCUCUCGGAGCCCUGGGUUUCGAAGACUACACCGGCCCAUUGCGGAGGUUCUUACACAGGUACAGAGAGCAAGAAGGAGAGAGAAUAUCAUCAUCAGCAGCUAAUAAUAAUAAUAAUAAUAAUGAAAAUAAUCAAGACAAGGAUAACAACAACCCCGAAGAUCAACAACAAAGGAAAUUGCUCAACCAUCCUCAUAUACAAAGACCUAAUUUUUAAAAAGGAUCAAGUACUACUGGGCUGUAGAUAAGUUCAGUAUGUAUGCGCGUGCGUGUGUUUGCUUAAGUAUUGAACCCAAAAUAUGCGCGUGCGUAUAUUUGGUUCUCAAAUCUACCUUCCUCAGUUUAUCACAGAGUUUUAUUAGGGUUUCUAAGAGGAACCCGGUUGUAAUUUAGUGUUUUGGUUUCAAAAAUAAAAAAUAAAAAAUCUUGGAAUUUAUUUGGAGUUUC